AUGGAAGAAGAAUUUGCUCCAGUAAAAGACAAACAGCCAGCUGGAUCAGCAAAAAAUGACGAAUUUGAUCCUGGUAAGUAUUUUGUAUUAUUGUUUCUAGUAUUUCAUACAUGCCAAUCUCUGGCAUCUAGAAAGGUUUUUUGGAUGGGUUUUCUCCAAAAAAUGUGUUAUCCAUGGUGGAACUGACGUUUCUUUGCGAAUUUUUAAAAAUUUUCUGAGGAAAUUCGUUGUUGCUGACUGUGAAUAGAUAGCUGACCUAGAUAUAGCGGUUUUGUUAUUUUUGGAAGAUGCUGCACACUUGUUUUUCUUUGAGAAAUUUGAGUUUUAGUCGUCAUGUUGUUUUAGAAUUUUUCUGCGGAAAUUUUUUGCUUUUACAAUCUGAAACUGGGCUUGUUAGCUCGUCAACGGCACAAUCUUUCUUUCAGAAGAUCGUUAUAAACCCGAAGGAACAGUGAUAUUGGAAAUUGAUCGGUUUUCGGACUUUGCACGAGGACUGCCGGCCGAGAACCCGCAACGACUGUCGGAAGCGGUCUACAUCCGUGGCAUGCCAUGGAAAAUCUUGGCAAUCCCGCGCGAUGGGUCCAGAUCUCCGAACCAACAGACCGCCAAGUGCCUUGGCUUCUUCCUGCAAUGCAAUGGAGAGGCGGGCGACGGCGAGAACUGGUCCUGCUCGGCCUCGGCGAUGUUCCGCAUCGUCCCCAUGAAGGAGGGAAUCGAACCCAACAUCCAACGAAUCUCCCACACCUUUCAUCCCAAGGAAAACGACUGGGGAUACUCGCAGUUCGUGCAGUGCGAUCAGCUGCUGGAGGAAAGUGGCGGUUACAUAAAGGAUGAUGUGGUUCGAUUAGAAGUUGACGUCUCUGCUGAUGCUCCACAUGGUGUUCAUUAA